AGUCGUUUGCACCAAAACCCUAUAGCUGCUGCUCUUCUUGCUGCUAUUCCCCCCCACGCCCUCUCCCCCUCCCUUUUUUUGGUGUGAUACUGUUUCCACAGCAGAAGAAGAAGGGACUGAUCCUGAGGAUCCUCCUCGAGAAUGAAUAACCCCAAGACAUUGACUUAAGCAGCACCCUGGAUCCGGUGCACGAUGCAGAUUUGAUUAAAUAAUAAUUCAAUUUUUUUUGCCAUUUUCUUUUUUCACCUUUUUGGGGAUUUGCAAACCGAAUUACAUGCAUGUCCAGUGGGGGAAGGUUUAAUUUUGACGAUGGAGGCUCCUACUGUGGAGGCUGGGAGGACGGAAAGGCUCACGGCCAUGGAAUCUGUACCGGCCCGAAGGGUCAAGGCGAGUAUACAGGCUCCUGGAGUCACGGCUUUGAGGUGCUGGGGGUCUACACCUGGCCCAGUGGCAACACUUACCAGGGCACCUGGGCACAGGGCAAGCGCCACGGCAUCGGCCUGGAGAGCAAGGGGAAGUGGGUGUACAAAGGAGAGUGGACUCAUGGAUUUAAGGGACGGUACGGGGUCCGCGAAUGCAGUGGCAAUGGGGCCAAAUACGAAGGCACCUGGAGCAAUGGAUUACAGGACGGCUACGGGACAGAGACCUACUCAGAUGGAGGGACGUACCAGGGUCAGUGGGCUGGUGGCAUGCGCCAAGGCUAUGGUGUCCGGCAGAGCGUCCCCUAUGGCAUGGCUGCGGUUAUCAGAUCGCCCCUGAGGACAUCCAUUAACUCGCUGCGCAGCGAGCACACCAAUGGCACGGCGCUGCACCCCGACUCCUCGCCCGCCGUGGCCGGCAGCCCUGCUGUCUCCAGGGGUGGCUUCGUCCUCAUGGCUCACAGCGACGCCGAGAUCCUCAAGAGCAAGAAGAAGGGGAUCUUCCGGCGGUCCCUGCUGAGCGGGCUCAAGCUGCGCAAGUCUGAGUCCAAGAGCUCCCUCGCCAGCCAGCGCAGCAAGCAGAGCUCCUUCCGGAGCGAGGCGGGCAUGAGCACCGUCAGCUCCACCGCCAGCGACAUCAACUCCACCAUCAGCUUGGGCGAGGGCGAGGCUGAGCUGUCCGUCAUCGAGGACGACAUUGAUGCCACCACCACCGAGAUCUACGUGGGCGAGUGGAAGAACGACAAGCGCUCGGGCUUCGGGGUCAGCCAGCGUUCAGACGGGCUGAAAUAUGAGGGGGAGUGGGCCAACAACAAGCGCCAUGGCUACGGCUGCAUGACCUUCCCAGACGGCACCAAGGAGGAGGGGAAGUACAAACAGAAUGUCCUGGUGAGCGGCAAGCGGAAGAACCUCAUCCCGCUGAGGGCCAGCAAGAUCCGCGAAAAGGUGGAUCGGGCCACCGAGGCGGCAGAGAGGGCGGCCACCAUUGCCAAGCAGAAAGCGGAGAUUGCAGCUUCCAGGACUUCCCACUCGAGGGCUAAAGCAGAUGCGGCUGUGACAGCAGCGCAGAAAGCUCAGGAGGAAGCUCGGAUUGCCAGGAUCACUGCCAAAGAGUUUUCGCCUUCCUUCCAACACAGGGAAAACGGGCUCGAGUGCCAGAGGCCAAAGCGUCAGAACUCAAGCGACGACAUUGAGGUCCUCUCCACAGGGACCCCGCUCCAGCAAGAAAGCCCAGAGCUGUACAGAAAAGGCACCACCCCUUCUGACCUCACUCCUGACGACAGCCCCCUGCAAAGCUUCCCUGCCAGCCCCUCCUCCACCCCGCCGCUAGGCCCCACCUGCAGGACCAAGAGCGCCCAUUUCUCCAGACAGGUCUCAGUGGACGAAGAGAGGGGUGGGGAAAUCCAGAUGUUGCUGGAGGGACGAGGUGGAGACUACUUGAGACCCAACAGCUGGAGUGAAGACAAAGCAGGCGGGACACGUGGCGUUAGAAGUGGGACCCUGCGCAGCAGUCAUUUGGGGUCUGCCUCCAUUCCUGAAGAUUACAGAGGCCGGAGUGGAGGACACAAACAUAUGGCCUCCAACCACAAGCAAAGAGAGAGGUGGACAGAUUCCCCAGCCACAGUUUCUUGGACUUCCCACCACCGAUCCCACAACCACAGCUCAGGGAGUGCCAAGUUGCUUGAGCUGGAUGAGGAGAAGCUGAGCAAUUACGAGAUGGAAAUGAAACCCCUCAUGAGGAUGGAUUCUUAUAUGCAAGAGAUUCACACCCAAAAAAGACACUAUAGUAAAGCAGGCCCCUGCAGGAGCCUGGCUGAGGACCACCGUGGGGAAGACCGGGGCUUUGGGGUUCAGAGACUGAGGUCUAAGUCCCAGAACAAAGAGAAUUUCAGGCCAGCUUCCUCUGCUGAGCCCACAGUGCAGAAACUGGAAAAUCUGAGGUUCGGGGACAAAGCAGAACCCCGGCUAUUAAGGUGGGACUUAACCUUCUCCCCGCCACAGAAAUCCUUACCUGUUGCACUAGAAUCCGAAGAGGAAAAUGGGGAUGAGCUCAAAUCCAGUACGGGCUCGGCUCCCAUUCUGGUAGUCAUGGUGAUCUUACUGAACAUUGGCGUCGCCAUUUUGUUUAUUAACUUUUUCAUCUAACUCGAGACUGUCUUGUUUGCAAAAAUAAGAGUUAUGUGUACGAACGGGGGGGACAAAACCAAACAAAAACAAAUCAAAAAAGGGAAAGAUCAUAACUUGAACUGUCCUAUGACAACUUCCAAGUCUUUUCACAGAAGAACAACAAAUGAUUGAGUCUCACUCACAGUUUGCCUUUUUUUCCUGGGUAAUGUUUUUUGGAUUUUAGCCAAAAUUCUUUGCUUGUACAACACUAUGCUGUGUGGCAUGGCAGAAUGCUAACAACUCUCUGACCCUCCCAGCACCAGAAAGGAUGAGACAGGAUCCCAGCAAAAUAAAAGUCAGUUAUUUUUCCCCCUCCAAAGUAAAUAAACAACAAAAAUUGCAAAAUGGAGGUAAGAGGGUGGGCAGAUGGAACAGGGGCACAAAGUGGGGUGAAUGAGUCUCUGGUGUAAACACUCAACCUCAUUGUUGUGAAGUUGAUGGGAGGGGAAAUCCCAUUUCACCCAUCCCCCUCUAACC